AUGUCACAGACACCUAGAAGAACAGCAUCAAGUCACAACAUUAAGGCCCAUACUAGCACGCACGUCUUCGAGAUCGAUGACUAUAGUCAAAAGAAGGAGACAAAUGUUGGUGAAUUCAUAAGGUCAUCCACCUUCACUGUUGGUGGCUUCGAUUGGUCCAUCCGCUUCUACCCCAAUGGCAUUGAUGAAAACAGUAAGGAUGACAUCAUUGUCUUCUUGGAGUUGAUGAGUAGCGAUGUCAAGCUGAGGGCGCACUACAACAUUCAAUUCAUUGGAGGGGAUGAUGGUGCGAAGAAGGACAGCAUGAUAUCAUGGUAUUCGACAGGAGGAAUGCAUCUGUUCAAGUCGAAAGGAGGUGAAUAUAGACCAAGACACAUGGGGUACUUGAUGAGGGACAAUUUGGAGGAGGAGUUUGUCAAAAAUAACCGCCUAACCAUUCAAUGUGACCUCACUGUGAUACGACUAUACAGCUUGUCUGAAAAUAGGGUGCCGAUCACUGAAAUCCCGGUUCCACCGUCUGACAUCAAGGUGCACUUUGGCAAGUUGCUAGAGGAUAAGAAGGGAGCCGAUGUUACAUUUGUUGUGGGCUGUCAGACCUUUGAUGCACACAAGGCUAUUCUCGCAGCACGGUCUCCUGUCUUCAUGGAGGAGUUGUAUGGGUUGACGACCAGAGACAUAGGGGCUGGACCUAUGAUAGUGGAAAACAUGAACCCUUUGGUUUUUAGGGAUCUUUUGCAUUUUAUCUAUACAGACACGCUGGCUUUCAUGUGCGAUCCUCAAGGAGUUGACUAUUGUGUAAGGAUCAUUUACCUGCUUGUUGCUGCAAAUAGAUAUGCCAUGGAUAGGUUGAAAUUAAUGUGUGAAGACAUCCUCGCCAAGAUGCUUAACAAGGAGGCUGCUGGGACUACUCUGGAUAUAGCUCAAAGCCAUAGCUUGCAUAAGCUUAAAGAAGAUUGUAUAGAGUUUAUGGCAUCACAGUGUGAGAGGGAUGUUGUUCAAGCAUGCACAUUGCUCAAAAGAUCGUGUCCUUCCUUUGUUACAGCUGUAUUAACUAGAAAGGAGAAACUGGAGUUAGUAAACAAAGAUGCGGUGAUCAUCCUAAAGUGA